UUAAUAGCACAGCAAUUAACAACUGUUGUCUGCCCUGCAUUUAUAUGGAGUAAUGCUGUCUCCGUCGGUGAUCUUCAGCCGGGGUUACAUGAAGUCUUCCCACGAGGGGCAGAAUCUUUAUCCACAUCGGCUGUGGGGCGCUUUCAACAUCCAAUCGGUCCUGGUAUUGUUUCCUUGGAGUUAAAGCGGCACAUGGUUCAGACGGGAAUGGCGACACCCUAUGCGACGCAGUACCCCCAAAAUGGGGAGGCGGGUCCUCCCAAGACUGAACCCGGCAAAGAGGGCCCACCGGUAGCUGUCCCCCCAUUCUCACCACCAACAGUUACGCCGAACGGCAUCGAACAGCAGACAGUUAGUAUUCAAACAGAGCCAGAAGCAGAUACACCAGCAACGCAGGGAGCCCCAGCAGUGAAUGUGACCGCGGUGGCACUUCCCAGUGAACCAGGGAAGAAUCAACCCAAGAGACUCCAUGUCUCAAAUAUCCCAUUCCGGUUUCGAGAUCCAGAUCUCCGGGCAAUGUUUGGGCAAUUUGGUCCAAUUCUUGAUGUAGAAAUAAUUUUUAAUGAAAGGGGUUCCAAGGGAUUCGGUUUUGUAACAUUCGCAAAUAGUGCUGAUGCGGACCGCGCACGAGAGAGACUUCACGGCACCGUGGUUGAGGGAAGAAAGAUAGAGGUGAACAACGCCACAGCUCGUGUGCAGACCAAGAAGCCACCCACGGUUCCCAACGUGUGCGUGCAGUGGCCGGAGGCAGCUGCAGCAUUGCGUGGUGUGGCAAUCCAGCGUGGGAGGGCACGUGCUGCAUAUCCAGCGGCUGCAGCUGCUGCUGCUGCGUUUGCUCGUCACCCGACACCACUCACUGCAGCAGCCGCUACUGCACUUCAUGGAUACACACCUAGUGUCUACUACGAUCCCUUCUUAGCAGCACAUGCAGCCACUGCAGACCCUAACUAUAGAUUACAGGCUGGGAACCCUGCAAAUGAGGCCGCCGCAGCAGCUGCGACCCCGCUACUAAAAACCCCUCUGUCGACUGCCCAACAGGCGAGUUAUGCGGCAGCUGCCAGCUACACGGCCGUUGCCGCGCGUGCUUACGGUGCCGCAGCCGCUGCAGCGCAACCUGUGGCAGGCUAUGCUGCUGUUGCGGGUUAUGGUCGUGAGUAUGCAGAUCCUUAUCUCGGCCAUAGCAUAGGACCUGUUGCCGGUUAUGGGGCGGCAGUUUACCGCAGUGGGUACAAUCGAUUUGCACCAUACUGAAGUGUCUGGGAUGAGACAUCGACACCAGCAUACAUGACACAACCACAACUUGCACCUUGCCUCAUCCGUCACUUUAUCAAGCGUCAUCAUCUCGUCAUAUAUCACAUCACCUUCUAUUGUGGCAUCCAUUCUGUCGGACACCAUAGGAGAAACAUCUCUGAAAUGUCGGGAAAACUAUCCUUUCGUCUCACCCUGAGGCAAGAAAGUGGACUUGUUACAUAGUUUGGCAGCUAUGUUAGAUGGCUGCGACAGACACUGUAGUGGUGUGAGUGAGAAUUUUGCCAACCACACGUCCAGUAUUUGGAUGAUUGGUGGGAAUCAGCACACCUCACUUAAGAUUUUGAUUAUGAUUUUGAAAGGCUACAAAUUUUUUAUUAUUAUUAUGUCUAGUGUUUUUUGGUUAUUUCUCAUUUGUUCCUCAUUAUUAAGUAGGGUGCGUAGUUAAUAUGUUUACAGGCUUCCAACUCAACACAGGAACAUCAGAACAAUUAAAAUUUAAAACUAAUGGUGUUAAAUGUUCUGAUAUUUAUUGAUUAAUUGGUUGAUUAGUAACUUUAAAUCAUAUGUUUAUGAUUGUGUAUAAAGCAGGGAAUUUGCCCUGAACAAAAUACCACGUUACUUCUU